AUGAACAGCAGUAUCAGAAGAAAUUUCAUCAUUAAAUUUAUUACAUUUAUUCUCUUUACUUGGAUAUAUCAGAAAUAUGACAAUGAAGUUUCAUUUAGCAAGGGCUUGAAGAAUAUCUAUAAUGGCGGCAAGGAUUCCUCGUAUAUUGCAGAAUAUAGGUUACUGUCAGAACAGGAUUUAGGGACAAGAUUAUACGACAAUGAAUUAGAGGAGUAUUCAUUAAAUGACAGAGAUGAUGGAAAAUUAAGAACUCGUAGUUAUGGUUCCACCGCAUAUGAUGAGUUUCAAGAAAGUUGCUCAAAUGAUUUGAUAAUUUAUAGAAAAAACUUUAAGCGUAAAUGUCCCAGAAGGACAGGUUUAAGAAGAUUGUAUUCUAAUUUUAAAAGGAGAAUAUUUGAAAUGGUUGAUGGAAUAGGUGAUGAGAAAAUAGGUAGUCGUAGAUAUAACAUAAAAUUAGUAAAAAGUAUACUUAGAACAUGGGGUAAACGAAAGGUUAUAGGAGUGUGUUUAAUUCCAUUGAUUGGAAUUUUACCAUUUAUAGUUAAGACCGGGUUGGCUUCUAAUUUAGGUACAAUCUCGUUCUUCACAUAUGGCAUUUUGUUCAUAAUAUUCUCGUACAUAUUUAUAUUUUCGAUCAUUUAUACCAUGAUAAAUGUUAUAAGAAUGUUACGGAUGAGAAGACGGUGCAGGAGAAUUAUAUUUUAG